AUGGUCCAAAUCAGCGAGGUCCGCGGCAACACCCGCGACCACCGCACGGCCGCCCACACGCACAUCAAAGGGCUUGGCCUCAACUCGUCGGGCAUCGCCGAGAAGCAAGCGGCCGGUUUUGUCGGGCAAUGCGCGGCGCGAGAAGCAUGUGGCGUAGUCGUCGACCUGAUCAAGGCACACAAGAUGGCAGGCCGCGGCGUGUUGCUCGCGGGCGGCCCGGGCACCGGCAAGACGGCGCUGGCUCUGGCAAUCUCCCAGGAGCUGGGCACCAAGAUCCCGUUUUGUCCGAUUACCGGCAGUGAGAUCUACUCGACUGAAGUCAAAAAGACGGAGGUGUUGAUGGAGAAUUUUAGACGGGCGAUUGGGUUGAGAGUCAGGGAGACUAAGGAUGUGUAUGAGGGCGAGGUGACGGAGAUGACGCCGGAGGAGGCGGAGAACCCGUUGGGCGGGUACGGAAAGACGAUUAGCACCCUGCUGAUUGGGCUCAAGAGCGCCAGAGGUCAGAAGAAGCUACGCCUGGAUCCAAGCAUUUACGAAGCGAUUCAGAAGGAGCGUGUGCAGGUCGGCGAUGUGAUUUACAUUGAGACGAAUACGGGCGCGUGCAAGCGUGUGGGGAGGUCGGAUGCGUAUGCAACGGAGUUUGAUCUUGAGGCGGAGGAGUACGUGCCGAUUCCCAAGGGCGAGGUGCACAAGAAGAAGGAGAUUGUGCAGGACGUGACGCUGCAUGAUCUUGAUGUGGCGAAUGCGCGCCCCCAGGGUGGCCAGGAUAUCAUCUCCAUGAUGGGCCAGCUCAUGAAGCCCAAGAUGACGGAAAUCACGGACAAGCUGCGCAUGGAGAUCAACAAAGUCGUGCAGAAAUAUAUUAACCAGGGCGUGGCGGAGCUGAUUCCGGGCGUUCUCUUCAUCGAUGAGGCGCACAUGCUCGACAUCGAGUGCUUUACCUACCUGAACAAAGCCCUGGAGUCCCCUAUCGCCCCGAUCGUGGUGCUCGCCUCGAACCGUGGCAUCGCGACGAUUCGUGGCGCCGACGACCUCAAGGCGGCGCACGGCAUCCCUCCCGACUUCUUGCAGCGCCUGCUCAUCAUCCCGACGCACCCGUAUGAGCCGGACGAGAUCCGGCGCAUCGUGCGCAUCCGCGCCCAGACCGAGGGCGUGCAGCUGACGGAUGCCGCCGUCGAUCGGGUUGCCGAGCAUGGAGUGCGCAUUAGUCUGCGGUAUUGUCUGCAGCUUUUGGCGCCGGCGAGCAUCCUCGCCCGCGUGAACGGUCGUACCCAGGUCGACGUACAGGACAUCGCCGAGGCCGAAGAGCUGUUCCUGGACGCGCGCCGCAGCGCCAAUAUCCUGACCAGCACCGGCGAGUCCGGCGGCCUGCAUGGAUUCAUCUCAUAA